UCUAUUGUAAACAACUAAUUGACUCUACUCGACACUGUGAUCCAAUACGAAACAGAUCCUAGAUCUAGAUCUACGCUGCCUAGAAUCUAGAUCUAGAGUCUAGAGUGUAGCUUAAAUUAAAAUGUCGGAUACUACUGAACCUGUUUAUGCUUUAAGUGAGCCAAAGAACAAAGUGGGAUAUGUUAAAAUCAAAGUGCAUUUGAAAGGCUUGGAGGUGUCCUCUAUAGAAAAUGCCUUAUCAAAAGCUAAAGCCAAGAAUGCAGAUGUAAAGAUAACUUUUGGCGACAGUAAUUUUGAUCUCACAGUAAGCCCUCACUUGGAGGAUAAGAAGAUGAACGGUGCCCACUAUUCUUUGGUAAUUGAAAAACUUCCUUAUGAAAUAGACCCAAACAAAAGCCACUUUCAAGUAAAAAAUGACUGGAUUCGAGUUUUUCUGAAGAAAAAAGAUGUUUCUAUAUCAUGGGAGUAUGAAAUCAGAACAGGUCAGAUAGCCUCGACAGGCUAAAAUAAAGUUUCCCUUUCAGACCUAUAGAGCAGAUGAUGUUAAGAAACAGAUGACCUCGACAGGCUAGGGGGAAACUAAAUAUACCAGUGAAUCUUUUGAUAAUGAAAACCAAUGUCAGACUGCUUAAAUAAACACCUGAUAAUGGUACCAUUUCCGAUUUUAGAAAUCACUGCACUUUUUCUGUCUAUUACUGUAACAUUUGAGCAUUUAAAUAGGCCCAAUAGCUCUUUACAUUAAAUUGCAUUGUAUAUAGGCUAUGUGUGUUGCCAACUAAAAUUUUUGAAGUUUUACCUCGUCAUUUAUAGGCCUACUUUAGCAUUUUUUUUAUAUGAGCAUCCACAAGUUUUUGAAAUAAUAAAAUUGACUCAAAUUUUGACAUAUUAUGAUUUUAAUCAUAGUAUUAAUACUCUUGUUUAUGCCAAUCUACACUUUUUAAAAAUGUAUUAAAUUUAUUUCACUUCUUGUUUUCACUCACCCAUUUGUAGAAUGUAAUUUUUUCUUUAUCCAGCAGAAAAUUUAUGUAAUAUUUUUUUUACGUCUAUCUAAAAUUACUACUUAAAAAAAUGUGUGUAUAUUUUUGCUUUAUAGUAUAAUUGUUUUAGUUUAAAAGCUUGCUUACAAAUUGAAAUUGUGAAUAAUAAAUUAAAGGAUGGCUGCCUGGUUGUUUGCUUAACUAUUUUGUAAAAUCUUCUACAUAUUUCAGAUGUUCCUUCAUAGUUUAGGAUAAUCUACAUCCUAGACCCCACCCCCACCGCCCCUCAAAGGACUACAGGGCAGUGGGCAGGGUAUAAACAGGACCAUCGAGACAGGCUUGACUGUUUCUCAGUCUCGAUGGUCCUGUAGUCCUUGGGGGCUGUGUGUGUUUGGCUAGGAUGUAGAUUAUCCUCAACUAUGUAGAAGAUUUUACAAAAUAGUAAAGCAUACUAUUAAACAUUGUGCGAUAAACUAAAUGUAGCUGUUGGAUAUUCACUCCUAGUGCGCCCUGAAAAGUUAUCUAACAUGGAAGCUAUUUUUAAAUGAACUCUUCAAUAUAUUUAUCAAUCUUCAUCGUGGGUACCAGUUCAGUCACAGAAUCAAUUAGUAUUUUUACACAUAUCUUUUUCAAAUCUUGAGGUUUCUUUUUGUUGCCAUUUCAAAUUUGUUUAUUUAUUCAAUUGAUAUAUUUUUUUUUUUUUUUUUUUUUUACAUUUGAGUCUGUUGUUCAUUUUUUCUUGAAACUAUUAUUGUAUAUUUAUUUUAAAAUUUUAUUCUGUGUUUAGUUAAAAUAACUUUUUGCAUACUUAGUCUAAUACAUUGCUAGAAAAAUGUUCACUAUUUUUCUUUAUAGUUAGAUCUUUAGACAAUCGCAAUAUACCUUAACAUUAUUUGUCCGGUGGAUCUAAGUUUACAUAAUAUAAUUAUAAUAUAAUUAUAUUUUA